AUGGGCGACGAGAAGUUUGACUAUCAGGCUGUCCCCAUCCCUUCCUACGCCGAAGCCACCGGCCAACCAUCCUCCUCUCGAUCCGACCUCGGCGAUGAAACAGAUGUUGAACGACAGGGGCUACUCGGUCGCGAUCAUGCCUCCACCCGAGGCUACCACCCACCAACGGUGGAAUCGGCGCGCUCCAGCCUCGAUGGCCUCGAAUCAUUGACCUCACGCUCAGAUCGAGAGUCGGUGGAGGAAUUACGACGGGAACUAGAUCAAAUGGACGUGGAUGAUUCGGCAUCGGCAUCCUUGACCGGACGACCCCCCUUACGACAUCGUUUUUCCAAGCAGCUAUCGAGUCUGAGCCGUACGCUAUCCGCUAUCCAACGACCCUUCCAACGAUAUAUGCCUACUUUCCCUAGUUUCCGCUUCACGAUAAACCUCAGCGAUACGAGGGCACGCUUAAAAGAUCAGGGAUGCAUCAUGCUUCUCCGAGUGUUCGCUCUCUUACUAGUGGUCACCCUAGUGUAUGUGUUCUUCAUCGCAGAUGUCUUCAAUAUAAACAGCCGCAUGUCCAUGGGCCAGUCCUACAGUGCCGCCUCCGUUGAGAAUUUCAUUCAAGGCCACAUCAAUGAGACCAAGAUUGCCGAAAACUUGCGACUAGUCACCAACUACACCCACGUAGCUGGCACAGAGGGCAGCUUUGCGAUAUCACAAUUGAUUGAACAAGAGUUCCAGAAGGCAGGAUUCGAUGAAGUGACGCGGGAGGAAUUUCAGGUCUACCUCAACUAUCCACGCAAGGAUGGGAGGAGAGUCGCAAUAAUCGAUCCACCCAGUCUAGCUUGGGAGGCGAAACUCGAAGAGGACAAUGCCAAGGACCUGAUCUUUCAUGGACAUUCGAAAUCUGGCAAUGUCACUGGGCAUCUGGUUUAUGCUAACUUCGGAGCCCGGGAAGAUUUCAAACUUCUCGCAGACAAAGGAAUUUCACUCGAUGGCUCGAUUGCCUUGGUCCGUUACUAUGGAACCGAAUCCGACCGCGCAUUAAAAAUCAAGGCCGCUGAAUUAGCCGGGGCGGCCGGCUGUAUCAUCUACUCCGAUCCCUCCCAAGACGGAUUUAUCAAAGGCCCGGCCUUCCCCGAAGGACGGUACAUGCCAAGCGAUGGCGUGCAACGGGGCGGUGUGAGUAUGAUGUCGCAGGUAGUGGGCGAUGUUCUCAGCCCCGGAUGGGCAUCCACGCCGGGAGAAAAGCAUCGUCUAUCUCCCGAGGAGAGCCUCGGUCUACCCAAGAUUCCCAGUCUUCCACUCGCUUGGCGUGAUGCACAGAAGCUUUUGCAGGGCCUCAAAGGCCACGGCUCCAAAGUACCAAAGGAAUGGGUGGGUGGUGUUCCUGAUGUACAAGAGUGGUGGACUGGUGACCAAGACUCCCCGGUCGUUCAUUUGAUGAACCUACAAGAUGAAGUAGAACGGCAACCUAUCUACAACAUUCACGGCAAGAUCACUGGAAUGGACGAGCGUGACAAGAAGAUUAUUGUUGGCAACCACCGAGAUUCGUGGUGCACGGGAAGUGUUGACCCUGGAAGUGGCACUGCUACUUUCCUAGAGGUUGUACGAGCCUUUGGCGAGUUGCUCACCUACGGAUGGCGGCCCCUUCGCACCAUUGAAUUUGUCAGUUGGGAUGGAGAGGAGUAUAACUUGAUCGGCUCAACAGAACAUGUCGAAAAGGAGAUCGCCGAUCUCCGUGCGAAUGCGUUUGCCUACCUAAAUGUCGACGUGGGUGUUUCUGGGCCCGAUUUCCAUGUGUCUGCUUCGCCCGUUUUUGAGCGCACCGUGCUGCAGGUUCUGGGUCGUAUCUCAGACCCCUAUGCGAACGCGACACUGAAAGACCUUUGGGAUCAAAAGGGCUCAAAGAUCACUCCGCUUGGCGCUGGAAGUGAUUACGUUGCAUUCCAGGAUAUCGCUGGCACCUCGAGCAUUGACUUUGGAUUUUCGGGCGAGCCCUACCCAUACCACAGCUGCUACGAAACAUAUGACUGGAUGGUUAAUUUUGCCGACCCCGAUUUCCAAUACCACAAAAUACUGGCUCAAUUCUGGGGGCUUCUCCUCCUUGACCUUUCGGAGAACCCCAUGCUGCCAUUCGAUUUGGAAGUUUAUGGCGACUCCAUUGGCGGAUGGGUCAAAGACUUGGACAAAUUUGCCAAAUCAAAGAAGGCCGAGGUGGAUAUGCAACCCAUGUUCAAAGCUGCGACCGAGAUGAAAGCCAAUGCUGUUACGUUCCAGUCAUGGAACAAGAUCUGGCACGAUACUGUGUGGGGCAUGGGAGGGUAUGAAAGCAAUGUCAUGGCAGUCCAGCGGGUGAACCAUAAUGCUCGAAUGGCUGCCUUUGAUACCAAUCUACUUGAUUUGGAAGAAGGCGGAGGUAUCCCUAACCGCACACAAUUCCGACACGUCAUCUUCGGUCCAGAGCUGUGGUCCGGCUACGACGCCUCGAUCUUCCCUGCUAUCCGCGACAGCAUCAACACCGGGAAUUGGACAUUGACCCAAUAUUGGAUCGAUCGGGUCGCCAAGACCAUCCACCACGCCAGCGAUAAGCUACUACACUAA